AUGGAGCUGGUGGGACAGGCAUUGUUAUUAUUUCUCUGCCAGCCUGUACACUGCGACUGGAGCGAUGACACUUACAACAGCGCCUGCCGCAUCUUCAGCUCUUCUCUUUCAGGAGGCUCUGGGGGGGGCCGCCUGGCUGCUCGGCUGCCUCCUUCGCUGACUGCCUGCUUCAAUGACUUGCUGGGCUGCCGAAAGGAGAAGCCUCCACGGAGUGUUUGUUGCAAUAAAAGCAAUUCUUCCCAGGGAAAGGAAAGAAAGAGGAGCUACAGUGUGGAGAGUGUGUGUGAAAGGCAGGUGUGUUAUCAGCAGUGUGUGCUGGCGAGCCCUUCCUGCGGCAGACGCUAA